AUGCAGGGCUUCAACCAAGAAGGUCUAACAACCGGCAACAAACUCGCCGGCAAACAUCCCCUCGGCGCACGCGCUCGCCACCUCCGGACAACAGGCGCACUGGUGGUCCGAUUCGAGAUGCCUUUCGCCGUAUGGUGCACGACCUGCAAACCGCAUGAGACCAUCAUCGGCCAGGGCGUGCGGUUCAACGCCGAAAAGAAAAAAGUGGGCAGCUAUUACUCGACUCCGAUAUAUAGUUUUCGCAUGCGACAUCCCCAAUGCGGCGGGUGGAUUGAGAUUCGCACCGAUCCGAAGAAUACGGCGUAUGUGGUUUUUGAGGGUGGUCGGAAGCGAGAUACCGGGGAGGAUGGGGACAGGGCAUUGCAGCCUGGGGAGAUAGCGAUUCGGCGGGUUGGAGAGGAUGAAGAGAAGAAGGAUGCACUGGCGAAAUUGGAAGGGAAGGUUGAGGAUAAGAGACGGGCAGAAACGGAGACCAGUCGAAUUCUGGAUCUGCAGCAACGCCAGAGUCGAGAUUGGAAUGAUCCGUAUGAGAAGUCGAGACGGCUGCGACGGACAUUCCGCGCGGAGAGAAAGGGCCUUGAGAAAGCCGAGGCGAAUCGAGAGGCGAUUAAGGAUAAGAUGAGCUUGGGGAUCGAUCUUGUCGAUGAGACGGAAGAGGACCGUCUGCGUGCUGGGAUGGUCGAUUUUGGUCCUGAUGGUCCCAAUGGUGCUGAUAUGGUUGGGCCUGAUGCUGGCGCUUCUCAAGUCUUGCGCACACGGCCUAUGUUUGAGACAAAAGGCUCAUCGUCCGCUUUACAGAGGUCGACUGAAUCAGAUCGACACGGGAAGAGCAAACGUGCGAGACCGCCCAAGCCAGCCGAUCAACUUGCACAACGCAAAGCCUCAUUUCGCAAUGAGCUGACCGGGAAUACGCGCGCAACUGUCGAUCCAUUCCUGACGCAUGCUGAAACUGCGUGGCGGCCGGAGGUUAAGAGACGAAAAGUCGUCGCAACCAAACCCGUGGUAGUGAGCAAGGAACAAAAUGAGCACCAGCGCCCAGAUCGCGCAGAUAACAAUGAGGCUUCACCUGUUGAAGAUUCCACUGGCGUUUCAACUACUAAAGGCUCGGCUGUGCCAGCAGCAUUGGUGGACUAUGGCUCGGAUUCCGAGUGA